AUGUCCCACGAACAAUUGUACCAACAACUGACUGUCCAAACCGAUUACAGUAACCAAGUAAGCCCACAAAUCCGGAACAAAAAUCAACAGAGACACGUUUGCAGAGUUCUCCGUCGUCAACGUGCAGCAGCCGCACGACUUUUUCUACCAGUAGCAGUAGUAGUGUUGAUAGUGAGGUUCGGAAUAAAUGGAGGGGGAAAGGAAUUAAGAAGAGGUUCUGCAGCUCGACCUGUACUGCCACAUCGUGCAGCAAGAAGGACCUUUGCCGAAGGAGUUUUGGGGGGAAAUGCGACGGUCGCCACGGUCUUUCGACUUCGGACAUCUCGAUGGUGCAGACACUUCGCGAAGAGUCUCUGAAUCUCUCGACGACCUCGAGCUCGAUGGACUCUUCAACGCCAUUGAGGUUCGUGUUUUUUCAGUGCGUCAAUCUUCUCAAAGACUUUUUCAAAUGGAGGUCAUCAACGAAAUUAUAUGGGUUCGGUUGUAGUCGGAUUAGUACGGUUCUAACGGUUUCUGGUCUCAGUUUCGUCCAAAAAAAUGAGUUUGAAUGUUAACUAAGCUCUUUUUUCCUUUCAUCUACUGGCUCUAAGCUCUCAAUCAAACUUCUAAAAAUUUAAGGCUUGAAAAGAAAAGACUCUUUUCGUUCUCUCUAAUGAUAACCACAUCAUUGAAACUCGCCAUGUGGUUUUUUCUCAUGUCGAUCUACAUUUCGACAAAAAAAAAACCUGGCGAAUUUUUUUUCGGCUCGAUUUCUGACUGUUCUUCUGAGGAUUGGUCAUCUACGGAGGGCUCGUCAUCGGCGCAAGAACGAGCAAAAAAAAUUCUGGCAAAUGGCACUGCCGAGGCAAAAAAAAAAACCUUGGACGGCUACCCGGUUGAAUCAUCAGGUCUCCUCGCGAUCUUCCUUUUGUUUCGUCUGCCAAUUCUUCUUGUUGGUUCAUGGUCUUGUUAUUGUUGGAAUCGUAUCUGGCAGCGUUUUCGAGGAGUGUGGCGUCGCUUUGAAGAACUUCAUUUGCUCGAAGACCAUUUUCUUGUUAUUUUCGACUUCUCCGAUCACUGCUUCCAUUGACAUUUCUGAGGAAAAGUUGCUCAAACUCAAAAAAAAAUAUUUGGCGACGCAGUUUUUAUUUUUGGAACAUCACCUGCAAAAAUUACUAAUAUGGGCGGAACUUUGAGCGGAGAACCUUUUCUCAAAUUUUACGUAGAUUAAGGAAAUAAAGCCGAAACUGGAACUGGCAAGAGCACCUGCUUUUUUAUUUGCGACCCCUUCAAACUUGGAUGGGCAAAGGCUGUUUAUAGUUUCUCUCUGAUUUUCUGGCUUCCAGUUCUGGAGAACUGUUCUACAAAGUAGAGUCUCUUUUGCAGCGUCGUUCUUCGAAUAAUUUGCAAGGAAUGUUUUGUCAUCACAUUGCCGAAAACAAUAUCACAUCAUUUGCAGCUUUAUUUUUUAAUUUCGAAAAUUUUUUGAAACCAGCGAAGUAUAAGUUUAUAUAUUUGACAUCUUCUUUCCUUUAUUCAAAGACUGAGACAUUUCUCUACAUGCGUACAAGAUUCCGUGAGAAACGCAAGGUUCUAAUUUUUGCUUCUUGUUUUUGCCUAAGAACUUUUUCAACUCGAUGAAAACUUCCUCUUUAACUUGGUAUUUGUUUUCAUGAGGCAAAAAAAGCUUAUUAGUAUAAAAUGAACAUUUAAUCAAAAGGAACAUAAGAGAUCGGAGGUUGGGUGUCGGUUAUCGUUUGUUUUGACCAUUUACUAACUACGGUAGCAUCUCAUUAGACUUGAGAAGGAGUUUGAAUUUGGGACUCGUCGAUGACCUUUCCCUAGAGUCUCCGUCGUUCCAAUCAAGGCACAAAAACAGGUCCCUUGCAUGAUUCAUGUACGGUAGUCGUCGUCGCGAAGCUCCGCCUAUUUUGGUGCUCCCUUCUUUCUCCAGUUGUUUUCUUCUCGUUCCAUUUUUACUUGCUCUUUUUCAUAUUAUUCCGCAUAGAUAAGUAAGAAGCUCUUCUUUUUGAAACCUUCUAGGUUUUUCGAACAUUAAAAAAAACCUGUAACUGAAUGGAAUACGCCACCAUAUUUUUGAAUAACCUAGUCAUCAAAAAGAACGAUUUCAAAAGUUCUAUCAAUAUAGAAGCUUGAAGACGAGAGUACUUUCGGCAUAUUGAAGUCAUAAACAUACGAUAGCCCGAAACAGUUUCUUUUGCUCGAUAUAACAAAAACUAGAAUUAUAGGGAGCUAUUGAAAAAAAAAGAACUUUUGAAGUGUCACUAACGGAUCAGAGCCGAAUUUCAAUAAAAAUUAAUGAAGUUUUUGUUCUUGAACAGUUUGAAAAAUAUUUUCCUUUUGUUUUGAUUUUGAUCGCCUACCUGGUGUUCAAAACAAAAACAAACUUUAAGCACUUUUUUUCAUCAUAUUUUUUGGUGUGUUGUUCUUAAAAAAAGAAAAAGAACUUAUUGUGAACGAUAUAAUUUUACAGCGUUUGUCAGAAUUCAGAGUGAAUAUAGAUGUCCUUUUUUUAGUAUCAUACUGAGAUGGGUUCAGUUGAAGAUUUUAAAACAUGAAACUUUUUUGCGAAAAAAAAAUUUUUGGAAAAAAAGGGCUCUUUUUUUCAAAAAUUCAUCUAUAGUUUUAUCUUCUCAAUCAUAAGUUUUUUUAUGGAAUAGGGAUUUGGAAAGCGCAAACGUUUAUUCUUGCACGUUUUGAGGGCGCCGAUCCGUUAGUCUUCUAGAAACACGGAUCAAGGACGGUCAAACGCCUUAGGCUGCGGAUGAGCAGGGCUGAAAAUAAUCCAAAUAUCCAAACGUGGAGCAGCGGCCACGUGUCGGAGCUCAGGCAACGUUAAGCCGUCGCCUGAAUCGCCGGUUUUUGCUUGCGACGCGCACGUGUCUCUAUCACAUCAAGGAAGAGGAUUAAAAAUACGCUGGCUGGUGACGUCACAACGAAUCCCUCCGCCUUGUCAUAUGUGUCAGAGACAAUUUGACAACGGUAGCAGAUUUCUCGGCUCGUAGUAAAUCUGCAAGACAGACGCCGCCCCUUUUGGUGUCCUUUGGCGCCACAGGAGCGAUUAUUCCAUCGUCCGCUUGAUAAUUCAGUCGCCAAUCCUCUCGGCUUUGAAAAUUUCAUUCUUGCUUGCUCGAUACUUGUUUUGGGAUGAGACGAUACGUACGCCUGUCCAAGAAAAUGAGCCGCUCGCCGGUUGGUUAUAGAUAUUUUCGGUUUUUUUUUUGAGAUUGGGCUUCAGGCUCAGGUUUUUAUGGGAAAAAACUUCUGACUACAAGCAUACCUUGAUUAUCAGGAGUAAUUUUAUAAAUAAUAUGAUUAUAUGAACGGAAAGCCGAGAAACAAUCUUUUUGCUUUUCCUUAAUUGUUGUGUGGGGUAAAGUUUUUUUUGAGAGUGCUGAGAAAGACAGAAUCACUAUUCUCUACAGAACAUGGUAUAUCUAGAAAAUUUUAAAAUCGAAAAAAUUCAAAUAUGACGAAGAGUCAUUUCUUCUCGAUUUUUUUUCUCGUUCGGGUACUGUAGAAAUGGGAUGAUGCCGCGGCGAAAUGCCAGCGACGGUAGCGGCGGUUCUUUCUUUGCGAUGAUUAAUGGCCGGGGCCGCCCUUAUCGCACCAGCAUAUUUUCUUCUCAUAUUUUGCCGUGGCAAAAGAAGCUGCACCAUCGAAGUCUUUCAGUUGCAGAGCACCAGCGAACAGGCCAACCAGCCCGGCAGCAGCUCCUCCAACUCCUCCAACCUCGCCUCCAACGCUCAACAGGUGCUUUUUUGCAAGUGCGACACCAAUCCUCUCCCUAUUCUCUUACUUUUUCUUAUUACUGUUUUCUCUAACUUCGAGUUUUUUUUUACAAUCUAUCAGUUCUUUAGAGAAAAGAGAAGCCAGGCUCUUUUGAAGCUUUUUUUUAGCAAUCAUUAGAUAGUUCUUCAAAUAUUACCUGGAACGCCAUUCCUCAGUUAAUUUACCGCAUGACUAAGCUUCACAAAGUUUUUUGGCGCAUGACUGAAAAUUGAGAUUUUUAAUUUUCGAAAUUUGUUUAGCUGGCAGUGAAAUUACAAAUAGUGGUUAUUUCGGGAACUCUUGACGUUCGGAAUAUGGAGAUUCUCAUUUCGCAACACUGUCAUGCCCAAUGAAUAAUUUGGGCCAAGAAUUGAAAACAAUAGUGACAACCACUGGAAAUACCUCGAAAACAGAUUUACUCAUCUCUUCGUAUUUUCUUUUAUUUUCACUAUAAUCCACUCUUUUACUUUAUAAUCUAUUGGUUAUUUUCAAUGGGGAAAAAGCUUUUCACGAUUGUUUUGACAGGGGCGGCAUAUAAAAUAAGAAUUACUCCGGAGACUGUCCAUUUUGACGCAGAACUCGAGUCACAUUUUUAUGGGCUGCUUGAAAAUUUGAGCGAAAAGUUUAUAAACUUUAAUUUGAAUAGGGUAUUUAGAAAAGGUAGCCAUUUCAGGUGUCCCUAAAAGUUCUGCGAAUCAGAACUUUCAACUUCUUUAUUGCUCAUGCCUCUAAUAUUUAUCCAGACAUACGAAAGUCAUAACAAUGUUGUUUAAGGAGCCCCAGAUGAACCACUCGGUGCAGGUCAAAAUCGAGUUCGAUCCGCUGCAAAUGCCUCAACAGGACCUUUUCUUCAAUCCCGCCGCUCAAGGGGCCAUGCCUUACGCCUUCCCGUGAGUACCCUUUCCUCCUUCCCGAAAAACUUUCUGCAAGCGCCUCCACUGCCAAGAAAUCUUACAUUCUUUUUACGUCGUUAGCAGUUUCAAAAUGAGGGAAAUGUCAAAAAAGAUGCGUCACAGGACCGGAAAUGAAGAGAAACCGGCUGCGCCUUUUGUUCCUCCGACUGAUUCAAAACGAGAAAGGAUUUCCGAACCAUACUUCGUGUCUUGAAAAAAGGUCCAAUCGUUCCAGAACUUGAGUGAUACUGAUUACUGAUUCGGAAGACUCUAAAUGUAGACGAACUGAAGGUAAUUAGGAAUCUUUUUCGAACGUCCAGACAAAUCUCCAAUUAGACACGCAGAAGUUCAAAAUGCCAGGCAGGACUAAUUAACCGAUUCUUGGAGAAUCUUUAAUUUCUAGUUAACAUAUAUGAAUGCUCAUUUUUGGAAAAUAGAGAUAAUUAGAAAAGAACCUCCAAUGAGAACGCCGGAAAUUUGAUUCGGCCAAGCGAGCUGGAAGAAAAGUUCAACUUUGCGGCUUCAGUGAUAUCAUUCAAGCCCUACUGUAGUACGCGAAAGAUUACCCCGUAGUUUUUCCUCAAUCUACGGAGUGAAACCCUGAAACGGCUUCCGGAAAUUCUGAUGAGAAAAGCGUUUAUAUUUUGAGUCUGACGAAAAAAAAGAAAUAUGAGCUUGACAGUUGCAGACAAGACUUUAUGGGUCCGCAGUUCAUGGCGCCAGGCUUUCCGCCUUUUUACCCGCAUCCGAUGCCGACCAUCUCGGAGUCGCGACGCGGCAGCCAAGGAACCACAAGGUGACGAUUUCUCACUCUUUUCCCCUAAAAUGGAGCUGUGGCGCUGAGGCGCUAUUUCAAACGAUCUCGUAAUUUCCCAAUCAAAUAGAUUUGGAGGAGCUGUAGUCAGAUCAAGUUUUUUUUCUUCAAAAAAUAAUCUACUGAGUCACUCUUUUAUAGUUUUUUCAUAAAAUUUCACUCACCUUACGUUAUCAUUUUAAAUAUCGUGAAAAACAAAUGUAAACCGGACCCAGUAAUAGUGCUUUUUUUCUUGGAAAGAAUGAGUUUUUUGAUGGACUGCCUGGGGGUGAACGAAAACGACGGGUUUGUGUGUCCUAGACACGGCAAGCCACGCUCCCAUUCCAUGCACGACGAGCCUGAUGACGUUGGUUUAAGCUCCAGCUCGACGAACACCGGUGGCACUCCGUCGCCCCACUCCUCGUCCCACCUGCCGACGUCGCCGCUCAACAUGCCUGGCUUCUUGAGGUCUGUUUCAGCUCGAUUCCAUAGAAAAAGACUCGAAACGCGUUCAAAUCAGUUGGAUUCGGUACGCACUUGAACUUUAUCAGAAGUUUUGGGGCACUGUUUUGUUUCUGGUUUUGAUAGGGGUUUUCUCUUGAAAAAAAUUCAAUUUCUUUUAAUUUUGCGCGAAAAGCUUCAUUUUGACUGAUAAUGAAUUUCGAAACAGAAGCUUUUUUCUGGAUAGACAGAGAUCUUCAUUAGUGAUAAACUUUCGAAGAGAUAUCGCGUUUGCUGAUUAACGUCAAUAGGGAAGUGAACUCGAAAAGUUCUAAUUGCACUCAUUUUUGAACAGCGGAAAUUAGUUGAGUGGUCGUCUGGCUGGCUACGGUGGAACUCCCAUCCAAUCAUUUCGAGUUUUCCCACUUUCCUUCCACCUCAGAUUUUUCGAGCACUUGAUUUCUAUAUAAAUCACUUCUUUACCUCAAAUUCUUAAUAAGGUCAUAGGUUUUGGUGGGUACAAGCUACACACAGAAGCAGAGUUAGCGUUUCCUAUGGAAGCUCCGACGGAUAAUUGCACAUCUCGAGUAGGCGCCGCCUGCCGCCGCAUGCCAUUUUGUGGUUCCAGACGCACACGAUCCCGUUCUAGCUGUCACUCAUUUUAAAAACUUUUUUUAAUUUAAUAUAUAUUUACGUGCACUUUUUAAUUCCUACGCAGUUCAUUUUUUUAGCCUUCGUCAUGCCUAAAAUCAAAAAAUUUAUGAAAUAUUUUUUUUCUCCAGUAUUUUUAGUAAAAUUAUUCUAGGCAAGACAAAUCUUUAAUUUUUCCGAAAAAAAUCAAUCUUCUUUCUAUUCUUGUGUCGUUUUAUCUUUGAUUCCUAACUUCGCAUAAGUUCAAUCGUAAAUCGUUUGGCUGAUUACUCAGAAUCUUAAAAAAAAAAUAUUUUUGGAAAAAAAAACGCCGAUGUUUCAUCUGUUAUAUGAAUUUCUUUAGAUACUGCAAUUUCACAAUGAAGCGCGUCAUUUUCAAAUCUUCAGUGUAACCUUUGAAAAUUCUAAUCCUAGACAAACUCCCAGAAAUAGUAGAUCUUAAUAGAGUGUCAAAAAGUUUUUGACGUCACAUGAUAAUCCGGUGGAAGCUUAGUGAUGUUACCGACGCGUGUAGCAUUUCAAGAGAGAAAACCUAGAAGGAAACAAAUCGAGGAGAAUCAGUUCUGAUUUUGCAGGUUCUUCAGCAGUCCGGAGUUCACACAGGCACACUCGAGCCAUUUCGGCGGUGUGAUGGAGGAAGAAUCCGAGAAGAAAUGCGUCGUCUGCAACGACCGCGCCCUUUGUCUCCACUACGGCGCCCGCACCUGCGAAGGCUGCAAGGGCUUCUUCAAGGUGUGUUUCGAGCCUAUCGAUAUAUGUUGGAUUGGUUCAAUUUAUAUUAGAUUGGCCGGUUAAAGAUGAGCGGUAUUGUUGAGAAGACCGUGUGAUGUAAAAAAAAAAUAGACACAAGAGGUACUUCCAAAUUGCAAAUAUAUCUGUCACCAAUGUCCGCCGGGGGAAUUUUUCCAAAUCAAAGCUUGGUUAUGAAAUUUAAAACGAUGAGCCCAACUGAAAUUUCGAACAGGCCUGUCUUAUAUUUAAAGCUCAAAAGUUUAUAGGAGAAAACCCGUAGGUUUUUAUAACUCGAAACUUUUGAGCAAGCCACAAAAAUUAUUGUUUCAUUUCAAACAAGUAUUCACCUUUACCAGUUUCUUUUUUCAGAGAACCGUGCAGAAAAACUCAAAGUACACUUGCGCUGGAAAUCGCAACUGCCCCAUCGACAAGCGAUAUCGGAGCCGUUGUCAGUAUUGCCGCUUCCAGAAAUGCCUCGAAGUGGGCAUGGUCAAAGAAAGUUCGUCUUUCUUUUCAGUUUUUUUCGCGCUUUGCUUCUACGUCUAUUUUAGAAAUGCGUCUUAAUUGAAUAAUGAAUUGACGUCAAUACGUAACGUUUAGCUCAGACAACAUUUUCAAUCUACAGUAUACUUUUCUUGAUUAAUUAGGCCUUGGCUGUUUUAUCUUUUGUGGUUGCUCAACGGAGUCUCUUGCAGUUGUGAGGAACGGAACACUGUCUGGCCGCCGCGGACGUCUAUCUUCCAAGACACGAAGCCUCAGGAGCGACGAUCAGUCCCCGCCGCUUCCACUGCUUGCCCUGCUCGCCAAGGCGAACGAUUUAGCGAAGAACAACGCCGCCAACACUCCAAGGCUCAUUGUAAGAGAAGAGAAGCUCUUUAAAAGCUAUAUAAAUGAUUAAAGACGCAACUCGACUACGUUCAAACGCUGCUUAUGCUGGAGACCGAGCACGCGAAUCUCGUGUCUUUCAUCCGAACGAUGCCGCGAAUCGGCGAGAUCGACGCUCAGGACCUGGAGGCCUUGGUCGCCCGCGCCUUUUUCCCUAUGGUUGCUAUUCGUCUGUGCGAUAGGUCAGCAUUAUCUUAUACAAAACAUUUUGAAAAAAAAAUAGUGCUGAUUUCAUGAUUUAUUUUCCGUCAGAAUAGAUGAAUUUUCUACUGAGGGAAAAAACCAUCUUGAACUGCCAUCAUUUAGAACUUUCAGAAUGCGUCCGUCACACGACACGAUCGUCUUCGAAAAGGGAGAGUCGGCGCCGCUCAGCGCUUUCCCAGACGUCUUCUUGCCUUUCUUCAGCGACAUCCGCAUCAAGUCUUUGUCCUUCAGCAGCGUCGUCGAUUGGGACAACCAGUCCUACGGAGCUCUUCUCGCUCUGCAGCUCUUCGCUGCCAACACUGGUAAAAACUGAUGAGAGAGGACUUUGAGAGAUUUUUCCACUUCCAGACAUGAAUUACUUGAAUCUGACGAACAAGGCGGCGGUUGAUCGGCUGCAGAGCACUGUUAUCAACGCUCUGAAAGACCACUGUGCCGCUUCGCAGAACAGACUCGCCCGGAUCGUUCGGCUGGUCCGUUUUCUUAUAUGAUAUUAGAUCUUUUCAAAUCUCAUCUCUAGUUUGUUCUCGUCCGAUUGCAAACAAUACUUUCAAUACUACGUUAAUUUCCAGACGGACGACUUCGAUAACUUCCACAUGAUGGGCGUGCAAGUGCUCGACUACCUUAGCCGCCAGAUGCAGCUAUCCCCGACCUUCCAGCAGAUCAUGCAGUCGCCGCGAAUCCCCGCCACCGGGCACGAAGGCCCCGCUGCGAUGAACGCAGCCGCCGCCGUCGUCGCCGCGGGCCUUCCGCUCAACUACUCUCUGAACAGCCGUUUUUGA